ACAGAGGGACCUGAACGCAGCAACCAGAGAAAUGAAUUGAGGGUUGAGAAGGACGAUGAAAACAAAAAUGGACAUCGAUCGAAAAUAGCCUAGCCGUCUGUAUCAGACCUCGGACUGGCACUUCACGAGGAACCUGCGGCGAGAAAAGGCCAGAGUUCAGAACCAUGGAGGCUCGCUUUGGUAAUAUUGUGUUCAGCUCCAAGUUUGACUCAGGGAACCUGGCACGCGUGGAGAAGGUGGAGAGGGGCGGCUCGAGCCCUCCAACCGAUACAGCUCCCAGUGGGAGUGGCCCCUCAGGGUCAAACCUUAGCCCCGACUAUGAGUUCAAUGUGUGGACGCAGCCAGACUGUGGCGGCACAGAAAAUGAGAAUGGAAACAGAUCAUGGUUUUACUUCAGUGUGCGGGGUGCAGCUCCUGGGAAGAUACUGAAGAUCAACGUGAUGAACAUGAACAACCAGAGGAAGCUCUACAGCCAGGGCAUGGCUCCUCUCGUACGCACUUUACCUGGCAAGAACCGGUGGGAAAGGGUCCGGGACAGACCCACAUCUGAGAUUGUAGACAACCAGUUCAUCCUCUCAUUCACCCACCGGCUGCUGGAGGUGCGAGGGGCAACCACCUACUUCUCCUUCUGCUACCCGUUCUCUUACAGUGAGUGUCAGGAGAUGCUGCAGCAGUUUGACAAGAGCUACACCAAUGCUGCUCAACUCAGUCCAAGCAGUUCACCGGGCACGGUAUAUUACCAUAGGGAGUUGCUGUGCAACUCUCUAGAUGGCAACAGGGUGGACCUGCUCACUGUGACCAACUGCAGCGGCAUGCAAGAGGAGCGAGAACCACGUCUGCCCAAGCUGUUUCCUGACACCAACACUCCAAGAGCACACCGCUUCCCUGGCAAAAGGGUGUUUUUCCUCAGCAGUCGAGUGCAUCCCGGGGAGACUCCUUCAUCCUUUGUGUUUAACGGCUUCCUCAACUUUAUCCUAAGAAGAGAUGACCCUCGUGCUCAUGCGCUUCGAAACAUGUUCGUGUUCAAGCUCAUUCCCAUGCUCAACCCAGACGGGGUGAUCCGUGGGCACUACAGGACUGAUUCCAGGGGUGUGAACCUGAACAGACAAUACCUGAACCCCAGCCCUGAGCUGCAUCCUUCCAUCUAUGCAGCCAAAACACUGCUGCUGUACCACCACACACACAACCGUCUGCACAAUCCCCUGUCCAGCACUCACUCUAACAGCUCCUCACACACAGAGACCACCCCCCUGAACAUCAAAACCGCCAAUCAGCAUCAGUCUCCCCCCUUCACUGCCCUGGAAGUCAGCUUGAACCAACGAAAUGCAGAGAAGGACGCAAACCCCUCGCUGCCAGAGGUUCCCAUGGUGACGGAGGAAAACGCAUGGGUCAGCACAGAGAUGGGGAAGGGGGACCAGAACAGCUCGUUGAGCUCCUCAGAGACUGUAGCUCCUGUUACUGUAGAGGUAACAGUGCCACAGGUGGAGGAACAGGAAUCUAUUCCACCCCAGGAGGGAGGUGUGGCAUAUUAUGUGGACUUGCAUGGCCACGCAUCUAAACGGGGAUGCUUCAUGUAUGGAAAUAACCUUCCUGACGAGAGCCAGCAGGUGGAGAACAUGCUGUAUCCGAGGCUGAUCGCUGUGAACUCUGCCCACUUUGAUUUCCUGGGCUGCAAUUUCUCGGAGAAAAACAUGUAUGCGCGAGACAAGAGAGAUGGCCAGUCUAAAGAAGGCAGCGGGCGGGUGGCCAUUCACAAGGCCAUCGGGCUACUGCACAGCUACACUUUGGAGUGCAACUACAACACGGGAAAAACCAUGAACACCAUCCCACCUGCUUGCCAUGACAACGGACGGGCAACCCCACCUCCACCUCCAUCAUUCCCUCCAAAAUACACUCCAGAGAUUUUUGAACAGGUGGGGCGUGCCGUGGCUAUCUCAGCCCUGGACAUGGCAGAGUGUAACCCCUGGCCACGGCUGGUGCUGUCUGAGCACAGCUGCCUGACGAACCUUCGAGCUUGGAUCCUCAAGCAUGUCCGCAACACCAAAGGCCUGAACACACACAUCCACGCUCAUCCUCCACCAAGAAUACACCUCAAUGGCAGCAAGGCGUCGCCUCCCAAGAGCUUCAACAACUGUCUGUCCGGCUCGGCGUCAGAGAACACCCUCAGUCGCGUUCGCUGCAACAGCCACAGCAGCAGUAGCCAGACACCCUCCCCGAAGAUGCACAGCUCCCCGAGCUUCACUUUUGGCUGCCCCCCACCCCGAACUCACACGCAGCACAACAGCACGCACGCCAGUGGGCGCGGAGGCAACAAGACACUCGGGCCAGUCAGAGACCCUAAGCCUCAGGAGAAGAGACGCCCCCCCCACCACCGCUCCAUCCUACGGUCUCCCAGCAACAGCCACACACCCUCCCGCCCCCCACUCUCACCCCCUUCCUCCUCCUCCUCCUCGUCUUCCUCAGUGUGCGCGGUGGGCUCUUGUCCCCUCCCGGCCUCCGUCAGUAUGACAGGCCUCAGCUGCCCAGACUUUCAGGCUGGUGGUUCCAGUUCAGCGAGUUGGUCCAGAAUGCCUUUCCCCACGCGUCCUGGGCGUGUGGGGAGAGGAUGCCGAACUCUUUCAGUCACUCAUCAUUCCGCAGAGGCCCGCACAGAGGCUGCUAAAGACUUGGGGCCUGAACACAUCCUGUCCUCCAUCAAAUUUAGCAAGUGUGAGCUGCAACCUCAUGUGAGCCGCAUCCCCGUUCGACAGGUGGGGUCAACCGAAACCCCUCCUACACAGGACAGUAAAACAUCCCCGAGCAGCACUAGCCCAGUCUCGUCCGGAGAUAAGGACGAGUCAGCCACCAUGAAGGUCUGGAAGCUGCUUAAACCCGGCCUUCAUCGACACCUGUCCCUGUCAGGUGUAUCUGGGAAAGAGGGUGCCAUACAGUUGGCCUCUAAAGCACUGAUGAAGAAGAGCACAGACAGGAGUCUCCACUACAAAGGAAAUGCUAUAAUAGAAACCACACCAGAAACAGAUGAAUCACUGCAACAGGUUGAGGAAGCGCCGGUGAUGCCUCUGCCUGAGACUGUGACCAUGUGCGAGACAGUGACCCUGUGUGGAGAAGCGUAGGAACUGCACAUAACAGGAGGCCCCUGUGUAAACCUCUGUAUUUUCUUAAUGUGAGCGUAAAUGACCAUAUUUUGAUCGAAAGUAUUUAAAUCUAGGAAACAGGAGGGGACAUCGUCAUAUCUGGGCUAUCGUGAUGUGCAAUACAACGUUUUAAGCAUUUAUUUAGAUUGUCCAGGGGAUGCGUGGGGUUUUCAACCAAUGCUGUUCAACAUAGUCAGACCAAGGAGCUGUCCAGUACAACCAUUGAGCAGCUUUAUUGGAGCAGGUGGGGGUUAAGUGCCUUGCUCAAUGAAACCACUGCAGUGGCUGAGCUAAGGGAGACAUACAACUUUCCAACUGAAUUAGAUUCCAUAAACUUGAAAUAUCUGUUAACAUUUCAGCUAUCAUUAUUGUACCUCACAUAUCUGUUUUUGUCAUUUUAGUCCUCUCUUCCUGCUGUCCCCUCCCCCAGAUAGAUGUUAAAUGCACUCGGACCAACACUGUUUUGCACUGAUAAGUAUUUUCACCGUCAGACACCUGCACUUUUACAGCAAACGGUUGAUUUUCACACAGACUGAGCACGGCAGCACCUUUAUCACCUUAUUUCCAUUGUGAGUUUAGAGAUAAAUGUGUGAGUGAAGUGUGUAUUUAAUGUAAUUACUCCAGAAGUUCUUUGGGCUUUGCACAUAGUGCCUAUGAAAGGUAUCCACCCCCCCCCAGUGGACUUUUUCUGUUUUUGACACUCAUCAACAGCAAAGAAACUAAAAUGUAAGAUCAUAAAUUAGCACAGAUUUCAGUGCAAAUAUGAAACAGUAAUUAGCUGCACAAUUAUUCAUCAUGUUUAAUUAUGGCACGCCUAAAUUAUCACUGCUGCACCCACUUCUUUAUGGAAUUCUAAUAGUGAAUGGAGAUAAUCUGUGUGUGGGUAUUUUAGGGUAAAUACUUGUACCUGAAAUGUCAAUUACUAGUUAACGAGGCAAUAAAAACAAGGUUACUGAAAAGUACCAAUCCCACGAAGCCUGGCAGGGGCAGCGUAUGUCUGAAAGGCUUGUGGAAAUGUGAGGGUCAAAUGAAGUCCUGGAGGAAGAAUCUGCUGUAGCCUACCUCAGAACUGUCUCAUGGGAAAUUUAUAACACAGGUAUUUAGAAACAAGUCAGACAUAAUUAGUAAUGGCUGAAAUUCUUGCAAACGGUUAUCUAAGAGAUUCCUUUACUUUGAUUUGUUUCUUUGAAACUGUUAAGAGUCUAGUGAUAAGGUCCAAAGGGUGGGUGGAUACUGUUAUAUCUGUGUUGAACAUACCUUCCCUGUCACAUUCCUUUAGAGCUUUUUGCUCUACAUCACACCAGUAUGGGAACAUAUCUUUUCAUUACCAUAUAUAUUCAAAUAACUAUUUUGUGUAUGCUAAACUGUUACAGGAGUUGUAAUAAACAUAUCUUUAACCCAG